AUGCUACCAGGAAAAGUGGAAAUCAAUCCAAGGAGAGCAGCUGUAGCAGCUAUCACUCUUAGGAAUGGAAAAGGGUAUGAGCCACCAGCAUACCCAGAUCAAGAGGAAGCAAAGCCGCCAAUCAAGAAGAAACCAAUGGAAAUAGAACCAGGAACUCAGGAGGAAGUGGAGAAGCCACCUGAAGAACCAAGAGUGUAUGAGCCAAAGAUCCCAUACAGAAAUGUUCUUUCUCAACCCAAGAAGGAGAAGGAGCAAGCAAAGCUCAAGGAUCUUGUUAGCCAACUUUCAGUAAGGUUACCUUUCAUUGAUGCUGCCAAAUAA